GUCAUGUCAGACAGUCAGUCAUUGAGUUCAGUCAGUUACUUGUCUCGUCUUUUUUGCUUGUUUUUAAGUUUCGUACUCUGUCGUGUGUAAUCGCUCUGUGGUGAUCAAACAAUUAUUUUCAAACUUCUAAGAAUAUGCAAACCCAUGUAUCAACAAAACUCAUCUAUUCAUUUCGUGAUAUUCGGAAAUAUUUGAGUUAGUGAAGUGUGAAUCUGUGAACGGAUGACUUCCUACCAUAUGUUUGAUUUCGUACGGCACAUUAUCCCUAAUUCAGUAAUAACAUAUACGUCUAAACACGGUGUGACGAUACAACACUUUUAAAUGAAAGGUAAAAGUGGGGUAAACUCCGUUCAAAUGAAUAAAAAUGUCAACAGAAGGCAGUGGAGAGACACCUUCUACUGUGCCAUGUUUACCCGGGGCUCCGGAGCAGACUUAUCUGUUUCCAAAACCGAAAGGUCACUCGAGGUCUGUAAGUCAUGGAGGCACUCCAAUGCUCGCGGGGAAUCCCACCGCUCCGAGACCAUCACUCAAAUCUGCGAUGCGUGGCCACCAGCGCGCUCUGUCACACGGACAGAUCGGCGAGGGCGGGCGGCCCACCAGCGGUCCCGGCCACAGCCGCGCCGGCAGCCGCACAGACUUCAUCCUGCCGCCCGGACACCGGGACCCGCCGCCACCCACCACACAGCCACGCAUCGGCUCCGUGCGGAUGCACUCCAGGCAGGCGUCGCGGUCCGAUUCCAUCUACACCAUCCGACGCACGUCUGUCGUCAGCCCCUGGAGGCGGGCAGCCUUCUGGUUGCUGCGGCGCCAGCAGCCCGCUGUUGAUACUCGGCACCUCAUCGUCACUCCCAACCACUUGGUGCCAGACAAAACUCCACUCAAAGAACAUCCUAACGGAAAAAGAUGCGACAAUAAAGUUAGGACUACAAAAUAUACCUUAUUAUCAUUUUUACCCAAGAAUUUAUUUGAACAAUUCCAUAGAAUUGCAAAUGUGUACUUUAUAUUCAUAGUGUUGUUGAACUGGGUGCCUGCAAUCAGUGCGUUCGGUAAAGAAGUGGCCAUGCUGCCCGUGUUGUUUGUACUCGGUGUGACUGCCAUCAAAGACUUAUUUGAAGACAGAAGGAGACAUAAUUCUGAUAAAAGAAUAAACAACUCAUUCUGCAGAGUCUUCAAAAAAUCAGCGGAGCGAUAUGUUAGAGUGAAAUGGCGAGAUGUACGCGUUGGGGAUCUAGUCCACCUGUCGAACAAUGAGCCGGUGCCCGCAGACAUGGUGCUGCUACACUCUUCCAACCCUCUCGGGAUAUGCUACCUCGACACCUGCAACCUCGACGGGGAGACCAAUCUCAAACAGAGGCUGGUUGUCCCCGGCUUCAAGGAAAAGCAUUCAGAGUUUAGCCCGAUAAAGUUCAGAAGUUCUGUGGAGGUAGAGAGGCCAUCUACAAAAAUAUACAGAUUCACAGGCUGUAUCUCACACCCAAACGGGGCGCGAGUGCCGCUCACCUCGGAGAACCUACUUCUGCGAGACUGUACCAUCAAGAACACGGACUAUGUCGAGGGCAUCGUGGUGUACGCGGGCCACGAGACUAAAGCGAUGCUCAACAAUGGAGGACCAAGAUAUAAAUGUUCAAGUUUAGAGAAAAAAAUGAACACAGAUGUGAUAUGGUGUGUCUUAGUGUUAUUAUUUCUUUGUUGCGCCGGCGCAGUCGGUUGCAAGAUGUGGUUGGACCAAUAUUACGUUACCAUGUACAAGUAUACCCCGUUUAUAACGAAUGUGAACAAACCUGCCUUCGAGGGGCUGCUCAUAUUCUGGACUUACAUCAUAACGAUGCAGGUGAUGAUCCCUGUCUCGCUGUACGUCACGAUAGAGAUGACGAAGUUGCUGCAGGUGUACCACAUACACAACGACAUUCAGAUGUACGAUCCGGACACGAACACGCGAACGGAGUGUCGAGCGCUGAACAUAACGGAGGAGUUGGGGCAGGUCGCGUACUUGUUCAGUGACAAGACGGGCACGCUAACUGAGAACAAGAUGUUGUUUCGGCGGUGUGCGGUCAACGGAGUGGACUACGACCACCCUCCCGGCCCGCCCGCAGAGCCCGCGCCCGAGUUGCCGCCCAUCGUGACCCCCAUCACAAAAAUCUCUCCGAACAGACGGAUGCUACAACACUUAGGCGACAACAAUGACGCUCAACACACGCAGAAGGUCCGCGAGUUCCUGUUAAUCCUGGCUGUAUGCAACACAGUGGUGGUCAGCCAGCCACACAUUGACACGAUGCAGAUGAGCGCGUCCAACUCUGGAGAACAGAUCUCCACGGGGAAAGCUUCCCGAUCGAAUGGAACAUUGCGAUCUAACGACAAAUACGCUCGACUAACGGAGUCCAGAUCGACGACUCCGUCACCGCCGCCGUCCACGGGCUCCCCCCUCAGGCUGCGGCUGCCGAAGCUCAUUCUGGGAAGCAAGGAGGACACCAGCACUCCCAGCACCUCCGUCGAUCACUCCGCCUCAAUCCGCUACGAAGCCGAGAGUCCAGACGAGCUGGCGUUGGCUGAAGCAGCUCUUGCCUACGGGUAUGAGUUGCGGUCCAGAUCACCUGAUGAGGUAGAGCUCGGCAUCCGAGGGGAGCUCACCAAGAUGAAGGUGCUUAGGGUGCAGCAGUUCGAUGCCACCAGGAAAUGCAUGUCAGUCGCCAUGAGGACUCCUAAUGGACAGGUAGUGAUAUAUGUGAAAGGGGCGGACACAACGGUCCUAGGCGCCUUAGCUCCGAUGCGCGCCGGCUCAGCCGAGCUAGCUGCUUACGAUAGAACCCGAGCGCUUCUUUCAGAGUACUCUCGCGCGGGUCUACGUACGCUGGUCAUGGCUAAACGAACGAUGCAACCUGCGUUAUGGGAAGAAUGGUUAGCUGGACAUAGUCGUGCCAUGGAAAUUGGAGAAGGUCGAGAAAAACGCAUGCGGGAAUCUCUAGCUCGGUUAGAAAGCGCGCUAACAUUGGUCGGAGCUACAGGCGUGGAGGACAGACUCCAGCAGGACGUGCCGCGCACCGUGCGAGCUCUACUGGACGCGGGCAUCGUGGUCUGGGUACUGACGGGAGACAAACCGGAGACUGCCAUCAAUAUAGCAUACUCAGCUGCCUUGUUCUCCCAAGGAGAUCGGUUGCUGCAUCUCAUGUCUAGAGACAAGGAGCACGCGGAGUCGACGAUAAAGAACUACCUGGAGGGCAGCGGCGCGGGCGCGGAGCUGGGCACGCGCGCGCUCGUGGUGGACGGGCGCACGCUGACGUACAUCCUGGACCGGCGCUCCGGCCUCGUGGCGCCCUUCCUGUCCCUGGCGCGGCGCUGCUCCGCCGUGCUCUGCUGCCGCGCCACGCCGCUGCAGAAGGCCUACAUCGUCAAGGCAGUGAAGGAGGAGCUAGCAGUGACGACGCUGGCGAUAGGUGACGGAGCCAACGAUGUCUCCAUGAUACAGACCGCAGAUGUCGGAGUCGGUAUAUCAGGACAGGAAGGCAUGCAAGCAGUGAUGGCGUCAGACUUCGCAGUGUCCCGGUUUCGGUUCAUAGAGAGACUACUACUGGUGCACGGACACUGGUGCUACGACCGCCUCGCUAGGAUGAUACUCUACUUCUUCCUUAAAAAUGCUACGUUUGUGUUCCUAGUAUUCUGGUUCCAGCUGUACUGCGGGUUCUCGUCGAUGGUGAUGAUAGACCAGGUCCAUCUCAUGACAUACAACCUCAUGUUCACCGCGCUACCACCCAUUGUUAUUGGCGCGUACGACCGCGUGGCGCCGGCGGGGCUGCUGACGGAGCGGCCGGGGCUGUACGGCGCGGCGCGGCGCGGCCUGGCCUACCGCACGCACUCGUUCUGGGCCGUGCUCGCGGAGAGUCUCUACAUCAGCAUCGUCUUGUUCUUCACCAACACCUUCGCCUACUGGGAUACCACCGUCGACCUCUGGGCCUUCGGGGUCUGCUGCAUGACCUGCUGCCUCGUUGUUAUGUUGCUCUACGUCGCCAUCGAGACUAGGAGCUGGACGGUGAUCCACCUGAUGGCGCUGGCGGGGUCCCUGCUGUCGUUCUUCAUCCUGACGCUGGCGUACCAGUCCAUCGGCGUGAGCGUCCUGAACCUGCCGUCGACGUACCACGUACUGCACAACGCCAUCACGAUGCCGGUGUACUGGCUCGUACUCAUCGUCACCACCGUCGCCGCACUCGCGCCCAGGAUGGCGUACCACGGCAUCCGCAACUCGGUGCAGCCGGGCUCGCUGGGCCGCGCCGUGGCCGCGCGCCGCCGACACCGCUCCUACGCCGCGCACUACCGCUCCGCGCCGCCGCACGCCACGCUCUACCGGGCGAGAGAUGAGGAUGGGCUGCAGAAACCGCAGACGGAGGUGGCGGCCAUAACGUGAGCCCCCCCUACCUCCACUGUACACUGUUACACUGAACCUAGGCUGUGAUCUGUCGAUAGACCUAUUGUAAUUACAAGUUUAGAUAUAUUGUGCUUUUAUACUGCAACGCGGGACCAACGCCCCUCGCUGGCGCCCACUGACUAGCUCGCAUUUAUCUCGGCUCUCGUUCUUGCAAAUCGAGUGAUUGAACGUCCCUCACAUAGUGCAACAAUAGUCCCCCCUCUCCCACUCGAGCCGAGAACGUUAAUUAUUAUUAUUAUAACACGAAUUGAAUCUGAAUUCUAAACACUGUUUUGUUCUUUGUAAAUAUUUCAUCGCAAGUGUUCAAAACUUUAACGUAUAACCUACCAUAUCAUCGAAAUUACUUCCGAUGUUGUUAGUUACCAUAAUUAUAUGUAUAACAUUUAUUUGUCUAGUAUUUAUAGUACAUAGUACUUACGCCGCUCGCGCGGUAUCUCAUAGAUCUGCCAAUGUAAGGUGCGCGGACGGUAGUGAGACCAUACUUACCAGAUUCAAUAACUUACUUGCCUGUGGUUUUGUCUUCUAGAUAUAAAAUUUUACUCCAUACAAAAUGUCUUAAAAUGCUAUGUCUAAAACACAAAUCUAACGGUAAAACGGGGUGAAUAGAUACAGAAAAGGGGCGAAUAAAUGUUGAGAAAAUGUUCUAAUAAAUGUUGAGAAAAUGUUCUAAUAUUCAUUCACCCCAUUCCUGUAUCUAUUCACCCCUUGAAUUAUAUUCACCCCGUUUUACGGUUCCGUUAAACAGGCUAUUAAAACUAUCCAUAACUUGCCUUGGUCUCACCACCGUCGAGCGUAUCAUUUGUUAAUUUUAAUCAGUAUUUUUGCAUCUUUACGUGACCAUGGAUUUAGAAACGAUAAUACGUUUUGUACAAUAUUUGUAAUAUUACGUCAUAAAGUAUUUAAAUUCGAGCAGACUAGAUACGUACGUGGGCGUUGACGUGCACGUACAGUGACCAGCAUAUCACCCUACCCUUCAACUUUAUUGUAUUGACAUAAAGUCGAAAAACCAAUUAAUAAAUUUAACAGAUUGUAGUAGCUUGCUCUGCUGGCCACUGUACUACAGAGUUGUAAUGUAUGGGAUUGUAUGAGACAGAGCAAACAAACAAACCGCUUGCGUAAACGUACUAGAUAGUAAAGUCUGACAUCGACUCAAGCAUUAGGUAAAAUAUAUUAGCGUGGUAAUGUUCGUUGCAAUGUUUGGCUCGACUCGUUGUUUAGUUAGACAGAUUUAAAAUCGGCGAAUGUUAAGAAUAUUCUGUGACAAAAGAAUGCUCACCUCUAUUAGCACUUUAACGUAGACGUACAGAGGUCUUAGUAAGAAUUUGUUCUACGUUUAAAGUAAUAGAAACGAUUACGCGUCCAACACUCUGAUUGGCUGGCUCCAAUGAACCUAUGAAUCAGAGUUUAUUUUACUAACUCAUACUGAACCCUCGGUUCUACACAAAUACAUACGUACGUAGACGUAUACCUACCCAUACGCAUAUACGCAUCCGAGUACCUAAUGCGAGUUUUUUUAUGUUAAAGCGAUCGAAACAUUACUGUAUUUAUCUCUCUGAUUGGUUGGUUAUCUCAGAGUGGGCCAAUCAGAACGCCGAGCGCCAUAAGCUAGUCGGUAACAAAAACAAAUUCGCACUUUGUACUCAGGUCUGCUCGAUUCAUUAUAUUAUUAUUGUGUACACUGCCUCCGAAUUUGUUAUCGUAUUCUAAAUCCAUGACGAGUUAUCUCGUGGACAUAGCGAAUAAAUAUAAACGUGAAACUUUGAUCUACUCGAAUUUGAACUGUACAGCUUUGUGUUAAGCUGCUUAUUGGUAUAAGCAAAGAUUUUUGAAAAAUAAUUGUUGUAUCUCUGUGUACCCGAAUGUAAGAGUUGUCUUAUUGUUAGUGGGUUUGCGUUUGUGUGAAUGUAUUUGCUGUUAUUAGUAAAUACAUAUGUGACAACAAUAUUUAAUUUAGACUAAGUACCUCGAACUCUUCAAAUGAGAGUUGUUGCAUUUUCCAAGAUAUUUUGCUAUGACAAUUUUGUAUGAGAUUACAAAUUGAAAAUGUCCAAUCAUUUCUAAAUUCUAUUAUGGUCAUAAUAAGGCUUAAGUUUGCUCACACAAACGCAAACUAAGGGUCUAAUACAACUUAACGUUUACGUAACCGUUUCGUGUAUCAAAAGUAAAAUAUAAUUAUCAAUGUAUUUUUGAACACGAAAGGAUAACGUAAUGACGCUAGCACAUUAAGUUUCAAUAGAAUUUCAACUCUAUUGUUAUGUAAUAAAGUCUAAAUUCUAUUGAAGGUCAGUUUGAUGAGGUAGCAUUAAUAUAGAUGUCAAUAUAAUUCCAAAAACCGCGUCAUGUACUUGUUAAAAGUAACUAACAAGGGUAAUUAGGACUCGAAAGUAGUUAGCUUAAUAUAUGUUGAAGUAAUACACGUUCGUAUGUCUGUCUGUCUAUAUACUGUGUACCGUGUGACCAGCGAUACGAUUGUGAUUGUUGAUGUAAUCUUGUAUUUAGUAGGUUACUAGUGUGUGAUAACGGUUGACUUCCUUCUCAGAAAUAUUUAUAUUUAUUUAUAGAGAAACGCUGCCUUGCCUGAGACUGCACCCGGUAUUGGGGCACUUGUACCGCGGGCUCACGCCCGGCCGACGCACGCUCACGUUCAAACGUCCUCGCGGACUUACUAGUCUAGGCUUACAGUACACUCUCAUAUAAACAUCACUACAGACCAGCCAUGGUAAAUAUCUCAAUAAAAAAAUAAAGCUAUAUUGUGUAUAAGUUGUUUCUCAGUAUAUCUUUAUUUACUUCGAUUUUUAACUAUUAGUCUGAUACAAACUUUUUCGUCUUUGCAAAUAUAUAAUAUACAAUUGUUUACAUCUAUUUUAUCAUCAUUGCAUUUAUAAACAACCUGCAUAUUUCCAAGGUUGUUAAAUCGCAGUUAUUUUAAUUUGAUAACGCCAGUAUGUAGAUUUUUAAAUGGCAAAAUUGGUGUACAUUCAUUUAAUAUUUGAACCUACUAUUUUACUACUUUAUGAAAUCAGUGUUAAAAAUUCCAAUAUUGACAAACUAGUAAGCAAGUUCUGUUGAUCUAAAUGAUCAAAAUCCUAUUUAAAAAAGUCCAUGAGCAAUGUCGUGAUGAGCAGUAAAGAAAUAACGAGUGGUACAUAUAUUGUAAGUGAAUUAGAACAAGUGCCUCGACCGAGCCCCGGCCGGGUGUGACCGCGCCAACCUCGUGAGUAGAUGAUUCCUAAAGAUUUAAAGAACUAUUUUUACUAUCGUUUCUAGUUUUGUACAUAGAAACAAAUUAUAUUUCUAUAUGAAUGAGAUGAUUGUUACGUGUACAGUAGGAUAUUUUUAUAUGAAACAAAUCUUUGUGUAAAUAACUUGUAUGUUCUAAGACUGUUGUUUAUUUUAGAGCUUUUAGUUCGUUCAGUUAAAUUAAACUAAUGUAAUAGGGUAUUGUGAUGAACACAUGUAUUUUCCAGUCAUUAUGUUCCCAUGCUGUGUGUCUGAUGUUUGUUCUUGCCAUGUCGAAUAACUCUUUAGUACAAUUUCUUUGUAGUUAGUUCGUGAGUUUCUAUUCUCUUCUAAAAUAUUCAAUCUUUUUAAUAAGGACCUGUUUUACUAUCUGAAUAUGUAACUAUAUCUCACGAUAGAAGUUAUUAUCAUUCGGAUACAGUGGAAUGGAUAUAAAAUUAAAUUGACUAGUCUUAUCAACGAAAUGUUAAAAAUGUAUUAUCUUUACGAAAAUUAAUCUUCCAUUAAAUUAUUGAAGGCAUUCAAUCGACAUUAUUACGAAACUAAUUACGAGAUUAGAAAAAUAAUAAAGUAUUAACGUUGACGCUGCGUUGACGUCGCGUUAAUAUUGUCGGCAACGUUACGCAGCGUUUACGUCCGUAAUACAAUGUAAAUAAUAUACAUACUCACCAAGACAGUAUCAAUGUGUCUCGUAGUUAGUUCCGUAAGUGUCAGCAUUUAUUCUGUUGCUUAUUCCAUUAUGUAUAAUCAUGUUGUUUCUUACUUAUACUUAUUGUGCAUUUAGUUUUGUGAUAUUAUCGAAACUAUAUGUUUUAUAGUCGCUACUAUCAACAAGUAUGCACGACAAUGACUAGAAAAUACAUCAUAUAGAUGUGUUGUUUUAUAAUAAUAACAAAUUAUUUAAUUUCAUUA